UGUUUUUCCCUGCUUGGCUUGUGGCGAGCUGUAAACAGGUCAUCUAUCUGUCUCUCGUUUCGCCAUUCUUCCAUAGAGCUACAAAAUGCGAGUUUCACUCCCAGUUCACUUCUGGAAAUAAAAUAACUUCUCGAAGAUAUUCGAAUCCGAUGAGGUGCGCCUGGCUAGACCACGCUUUGCUUUAAUCUCUUGUCGUGCGCGUGCUAGUCCGCUGAAAGCAAGCACCCUGAAGCACGCGCAGCCGGGAGAGCGCUCGCGCUCAGGGGUGAGGGCGGAGUAAGGAGGAGGAGGAGGAAAGAGAAGGCAGGAGGAGAAGUGAAAAUGAUGGCGACCGAUGCGGAGGAGAUAAGAGCUCAAACAAGCCCCUGUCCCAACCCCGACUACAGCCUCAGCCCUCUGUCCAUCAAAAUUACCCGGAAAAACCAGGACAGACAGUGGAGGUUGCGGUGCAUUUACCUGCAGUGCUACUUCUUGACCAUUGCGACAAUAUUAGGAACUGGAAUUCUCGGUCUUCCAGUCACUAUAGCACAUGCUGGGCUUGUGCCCUUCCUGGUCUCCUUCCUUGUUGGCUUCUUUGUUCAGGCCUUACUCAUUUACCUGUUUGUGGAACUACUGCAGAAAUGUCAAGUGGUUCAGCUGGAGUCUCUGAAGACAGGUGUUGCAGAGUGUAUUGUGAUGGAUCAGGUGAGCACAGAAGAUCGAAUAGCCACAGAAGAAGAGGAGGAAGACGAGGCUGAAAAUGCAGAAGCAGAUACUGGUUUACUACAGUCCAGUGCGCCAGCUCUGUUUGACCAAACUGAGAGCCUGCAACCCAACCUUCAUCUUCUCGGCUGCCUUUUCCUCUCCCGGCCCAUGAGCCACGCUUUCAACUGCAUUCUCCUCUUCCAGUUUAUUUCGAUUGGAAUUAGUUAUGUAUUGGCUGGCAGUGAGGCCUACGCUGCUCUCCUUGAUAUCAGACACGUUUAUGUGAUCCCAGCUUUCACCUGGAUUCUAACCCUUGCCAUCCUGCUUGCCCACACAGUCAUUCAGCCAAUCACUUCGCUGCUCACCCUCCUGAAAGGCAUUCUCCUCAUUGUUACGGUGGUGGUGACAUUUGCAGUGGGCUCCGAGGUCGGCCUCCAGAGCAGCAGUGACUUCACUCAGAUGGGGAAACCUUUCCUAAUGGGCACCGUGGCUCUAGGGGGGAUUGUGAAUGUGAUGCCUCUGCUUUACUCUCAGAUCUCACACAACAAAACUCAGAUCCUGUGGUUUCGGAGAGCAGUUCUUGGAGGUCUGACAACCUGUACGGUCCUGAACAUUCUUUGGUGUUGGGCAGUGCUUGAGAUUGUCCCACAGACGUCACUACCAGAGAGGAGGAUGGCAGUUGCAUCAUCACUCCAGGCCACCUCCAGCAACCUCUCUACUCCUUCUUCCUCAGCCUCCCCUCUGCUGUUCUCCAACAUCUCAUUGGAGGAAUCUGAAAAAGCUGGAGAGAUAGCUACCAUUCCACUGACUAAAAUCAUUAAUGAACGUUACAAGGCCUAUUCCUGGGUGGCCGAGCUGAUUCAGGUGUUUAUCGCCAUCAGCGUCACCGUGUCCUUCCUGGUGAUGGGAUCUGCUAUGAAACACACCAUCGAUGGUCUGGUGAGCUCUCUGUGGAGCAGCCGACUGGAGUGGCUCUCUAAAGCCUGGGAGAGAAACUCACCAAGCAAACAUCCCCACUGCUCAGCAAGAAGCUUAGCCAAACUUGGAUUCUCUUUGCUUGGAUUUGGAAUCAUUUUCAUUGUGUCAGUGUGUGAUCCCAGGGGUUUUGUUGUCAUGUUGGACAAAGUUGUCUCGUUUUCCCUCAACACUGAAGUGGGACUGUUUGUCUUCAUCAUGCUGAGGGAGUCCAGAGAAGACAGAUUCCAGCACCUUACAGUUCCGCUGCCAGUCGGGGACUGUGUGUUCAGCCUUACCUGGCUGCUGCCCACAUACUUCCUGUUUGCAGUAACCUAUGAUGUCCUGCAGACUCUGGCAGAUGUGGCCCAUUACCUGCCUUACUACAACCAUGAUCAGGAGCUGCACAUAUACAACAUGACAGGGAGCUUCACAGCAGCAAAUCUCUCCACCUUUCUUUGAUCUCCAAACAGAUCAAAAGAGCACUCAGAGCUCAAAUUGCCAAAAAAAAAAAAAAAGAGCAGCUUAGCAAGUGAUUUGUAUCUUGUAGUCACUUUUAAUAAGUUUUAGAUGCAUUUUUAGAGAAAAAAUGUUUAUUAUUUAUUUUCAUUGCACUGCGCUUUCACCAAUCAGCUUAUGAAUUUGGCAUGGCCUAUGGUAAAAUAGCCUUGUGGGCGUCUUCCCUAUCUGUACUCUCUGACUGCAUUAAGAAGACCCACGGCCUCAUGUACAAAGCCUUGCAUGGAUUUUCUGUUGAACCAUGGGAUAAACACAAACAAAUAAACGUGGAGGAAAUUGAGUGUAUGCACAUUUAUUUUUUUUAUAUCAUGAUCAAUGUGGAACUGAAGGCACAUGAAAGAACACUGGGUUAAAAUAUGUAAAUAGAUGUAAAUAUGCCCUACAUUUGUUGUUUUCAACAACUGAACAGAUGCAGGAAGAGGAUGAAGUUUCGUGGAUGUGAGUUGGAGACCAGUGAUGUAGUCAAGACCGGCUCUUCUGAGACAAAGACGAAGACAGGGCCCUCCAAGGCUGAAUCUUUAAGAUUAGACGUAUAUUUUGGGACACCAAACUUGUUUUCUAAAAAAAAAAAUAAUAAUAAUAAUUCAAAGAACAAAAUGCUAAAUUAAAAAAAGAUCUAUUAUUCAACAAAAAUUACUUCUGGGUAUUAGAUAAUCAUAACUAAUAAGGAUAUUUGUAAACUGGUGCAACAUUUAUAAUGAGGGUCAGGGGGAGUUUUCCAGUGCUUUUAUUGUUGGAAUGGCUGUUUGCAUAAACCUCUGAGUAAAUUGUGCAUCUACCAUAUCUACGAUACAGUAGGACUCUUCUCUGUAAAACCCCAGAGCUGAUUCACAUGUAAACUUGUGAGUACAAUCCUUUUGUACUCACUGGAUUUUAAUGUAGCAUGCUAGUUAACUUAUGGUUUUAUUUGGUCUUGUAAUAUUUUUAUAUUUUUUCAUAUUUUUAACUUUGAAUUAUUCUUGUAAUAUGUAAUUUUUGCAGCACUUUAGCCAAUGGCAAAUGUCUUAAAUGUGCUGUGAAUAGAUUAAAUUUGAUUACAAAACGAUUAUCUUCCAUUUCUGGGUAAGUCAACUGAGGCAACAGGAUAGUAUACUUGGGGGUCAUUCACAAUUUUCGAUAAUGUAAUAAUAAUAAUGCAUCAAACCUUGUCUACUAUGUAGAAAACAUACCUAAAAACGGAUAUAUGAAUAACCCAUAUCAUUCACAAUACCAUGUGGUGUUUUGUAACAUCUGUGGACUAGUUGUGUAACGUCCCAUUGCAUUAAAUGCACCACUCACAAAGUCACUGCUGUGUUUCGGUAGUCGGAGUGCGCAUGCACAUUCAUUUUCUAAGCGAAUUUCAGCUCUUAGCUUAGCAGUUUUUCAGUGCUGUUAUGUGUUGUUAAAACUUAUCAAAAUAACGGGAUACAGCUACUAUCCUAUUUAUUUUAUUUGGGACCUGUUUCAACAUGCAGCAAGCAGUGGGGGGCAGCCUUCUAGCUUGUGCUGUGUCCGGAACGGAAGCUGUAAAAAACAACCAAAGUAGAUCCACAGAACACGGCGAUUAGGGAUUCAGCAGCAGUCUCAAUUUGCGGUAGCGGCAGCUAGUAGUGGAACUUCCGGUGCCACAAAUGUUGCAGGCCAGCUCCCACGGCAGCUGUAGCACUGCUGUUGCUGUUUUUGGGCAAACAACUUGUUAUAGAUGCCUGUUAGUCUGUAAUAACUUAACAAAUAAUCAGGUUUUAUUGAUAGUAUUUUUAAUAAGUGCUUAUGGCACUUUCGCAAGCCGGCUGCCACAAGGUGUCACAAAGCCGGCAGGCCAGCUGCCACGGUCGCACUUCUGUUGCCGUUUUUGGUCAAAGGGUUUGUCAUUUGGGUUAUUUAAUGCCUGUUCUAUAUUUACGUUCAAUUACUUAUGUACUAAAUUGAUAUAAUUUAAUAAACAAUUUUUGAAAACAUAAGGAAUAAACACCCAGGAACCCAGUGGUAGUCCCUGACCACAAAGAUGCUAGGUGGAGCCAGAGUGUGCCAUCAGCUGCCAGAGGAUGCCAAGGGGUGCCAAGAGGCUGUCUUUGUGGAACUAAUGCAGAUUGAAGUUAGCAGCAGCAAUUAACCUUUUCUAACCUGAAUCAAUGGAACGCUUUAGCUUUAUUUCUCAUCGACCAUACAAAGCCAGAUCUCCACAGCACUGAACUUACAAUGUUCUCUCGUACAUGAGAAAAAUAACAGAAGUUGUACCCAUCGCACUUUAGCAUAACAUCAUUUCCUUUUCUCUCAAAACAACAUGGUGAGCUCUUACUCAAACUGGGUUACAUCAAAAAGAAAUAGGAAUAGGUGCACCCUUGUGGUGCUACCUACUCAAUUCUAGGAACUAAAGAGUAAAAUGA